GGUCAUUUCAACAGUCACAUUAGCCUAAAUUUGACUGUUCGAUGUAUUGUAUUUGUACAUUUUAGAUUUAAAGGAAGACUCAGCAAUAUCAUCAAAUCAAAUGUAUUUAUAUAGCCCUUCGUACAUCAGCUGAUAUCUCAAAGUGCUGUACAGAAACCCAGCAUAAAACCCCAAACAGCAAGCAAUGCAGGUGUAGAAGCACGGUGGCUAGGAAAAACUCCCUAGAAAGGCCAAAACCUAGGAAGAAACCUAGAGAGGAACCAGGCUAUGUGUAAUAAUUGUCUAGAAUUAAAGUAUAGAUAUGUACUAGUGAUGGGGAAGUUGGCCUCUUGUUUUCACGACUGGAUCAUUUCGAAAUGUUCCGUAAAAAUAACGAAUGGCGAAUGAUGACCUGAAAAUGAGAAUCAUUAUGCCACGAGCUUCUCGUUCAAUAUGUCUUUCACCAUAGGGAGCUUAUUGGAGCUGUCAUUUGUGACUGACUUAUAAAUGUGUGCUUUAAACAAUGUAGAUUUUUUUGAUUGCUAGGCAUACAAAUAUGAUUAUUUCUUGGUACAUUUGAAACGAGGUCUAGUUUUGGCCGCAGCCGGACUAUAUUGUAAACCACUCUUGGCAGAAUGCAUUGCUUGUGAAAAGUAAUCUCACGACUCGCACUAAAUUAUUCUGCCGCUCUGUCGUUCUCAACAUGCAUCUCAUGAUGCCGAAAAGGAACUAGGCCACUCCAGGACCUUGAAAUGCUUCUUACGAAGCCACUCCUUUGUUGCCCGGGCGGUGUGUUUGGGAUCAUUGUCAUGCUGAAAGACCCAGCCACGUUUCAUCUUCAAUGCCCUCGCUGAUGGAUGAAGAUUUUCACUCAAAAUCUCAUGGCCCCAUUCAUUCUUUCCUUUACACGGAUGAGUCGUCCUGGUCCCUUUGCAGAAAAACAGCCCCAAAGCAUGAUGUUUCCACCCCCAUGCUUCACAAUAGGUAUGGUGUUCUUUGGAUGCAACUCAGCAUUCUUUGUCCUCCAAACACGACGAGUUGAGUUUUUACCAAAAAGUUAUAUUUUGGUUUCAUCUGACAUUCUCCCAAUCUUCUUCUGGAUCAUCCAAAUGCUCUUUAGCAAACUUCAGACGGGCCUGGACAUGUACUGGCUUAAGCAGGGGGACAUGUCUGGCACUGCAGGAUUUUGAGUCCCUGGCGGCGUAGUGUGUUACUGAUGGUAGGCUUUGUUACUUUGGUCCCAGCUCUCUGCAGGUCAUUCACUAGGUCCCUCUGUGUGGUUCUGGGAUCUUGUGAUCAUUUUGACCCCACGGGGUGAGAUCUUGCGUGGAGCCCCAGAUCGAGGGAGAUUAUCAGUGGUCUUGUAUGUCUUCCAUUCCCUAAUAAUUGCUCCCACAGUUGAUUUCUUCAAACCAAGCUGCUUACCUAUUGCAGAUUCAGUCUUCCCAGCCUGGUGCAGGUCUACAAUUUUGUUUCUGGUGUCCUUUGACAGCUUUUCAAUGACAGCCUAUGUAAUGGGUUAACUGCCUGUUCAGGGGCAGAGCAACAGAUUUGUACCUUGUCAGCUCGGGGGUUUGAACUUGCCAACUUCCGGUUACUAAUCCAACGCUCUAACCACUAGGCUACCCUAUCAUUUGAAAGGAAACACUUUGAAGUUUGUGGAUAUGUGAAAUUAAUGUAGGAGAAUAUAAGACAUUAGAUCUGGUAAAAUAUAUAAAGAAAAAAAGCACACCUUUUUUUUUGUUCCAUCUUUGAAAUGCAAGAGGCCAUUUAAAUCAAUAGUAGUUUAGGCACUAUUUAGAUUUUGUACACUGCUGCCAUCUAAUGUAUGCAGCGUUUUAGACUGAUUCAAUGAACCACUGCAUUUCUGUUCAAAAUGUUGUAUCAAGUCUGCCCAAAUGUGCCUAAUUGGUUUAUUGAUAUAUUUUCAAAUUCAUAAAUUGGCUUCCAGUUGAAGCUCGCAUCCGCUACAAGACCAUGGUGCUUGCCUACGGAGCUGUGAGGGGAACGGCACCUCAGUACCUCCAGGCUCUGAUCAGGCCCUACACCCAAACAAGGGCACUGCGUUCAUCCACCUCUGGCCUGCUCGCCUCCCUACCACUGAGGAAGUACAGUUCCCGCUCAGCCCAGUCAAAACUGUUCGCUGCUCUGGCCCCCCAAUGGUGGAACAAACUCCCUCACGACGCCAGGACAGCGGAGUCAAUCACCACCUUCCGGAGACACCUGAAACCCCACCUCUUUAAGGAAUACCUAGGAUAGGAUAAAGUAAUCCUUCUCCCCCCCCCUUAAAAUAUUUAGAUGCACUAUUGUAAAGUGGCUGUUCCACUGGAUGUCAUAAGGUGAAUGCACCAAUUUGUAAGUCGCUCUGGAUAAGAGCGUCUGCUAAAUGACUUAAAUGUAAAUGUAAAUACAUUUGCAUGCUCCUCAAACAAUAGCAUGGUAAUCUAUCACUGUAAUAGUGACUGUAAAUUGGACAGUGUAGUUUAACAAUAAUUUACAUUUUCUGCCCAUACCAAAUAAGUCUGGGAAAUGUUCUUGUUAUUUACAACCUCAUGCUAAUCACAGUAGCCUAUCAGUAUCCGAUCCCAAAUGCUUAUUUUAAUGACCGCCUACUCCGGCCAAACCCUGACGACGCUGGGCCAAUUGUGCGCCGCCCUAGUGGAAAAGUCGAAGCGAGAGCGCUCACUCUCGCCAAAUUAUGUCUAGAAUAAACCCAAUACUUUUCUUUGGGUUUAAUAUGCAGUCCUAAACUUGUCUCCUGCCUUCCCGUCUAUGGUGGAGACAUGAGCAUCUCGUCAUUAUAUACACCUCUAUGGUUUAAUAAACAUGUUACCAAUUUGACUAAACGCCACAAGAGGUCGUAUUUGUCAUAGCUUGGUUUUAGUCGGCUGGUCAGUAUGUCUGACAUUUCGUCAAAGGCGGUGCAUGACGGGUUGUCUGCCAAGUAUGAUGGGAAACAAAUCAUAUCAAUGGAAAUGUAUAUGUAAUCUACGGAGACACGAUAGCUUGUCAGGAUAGAGUCUGGCUUUACGUAAUUGUUUCAAAGGUGCACAUUCUAAAACGCCUAGAUGCAUUCUCUGUCCAUGGGGCAGGGCUGUAGCAGCAGCAGCUCAGGUGCCCCCUCUGGCUCGGUGGUACAGGUGUGCUUCCCCAGCUCCCAGGCGUCUGUACUGGACAGCCUGAACAGGCAGCGCGAGGAGGGCCAGCUCUGUGACCUCUCCAUCCAGGUCCAGGGGCAGGUGUUCAAGGCCCACCGCUGUGUGCUAGCUGCAUCCUCACCCUACUUUCACGACCAGGUGCUCUUGAAGAACAUGUCCACUGUCUCCAUCCCUGCCGUCAUGGACCCACUGGCAUUCGAGAGCGUCCUGAGCUGCGCCUACACGGGCCAGCUGCGCAUGCUCCGCGAAGACAUCGUCAACUACCUCACCGUGGGCAGCGUGCUGCAGAUGUGGCACAUCGUGGACAAGUGCACAGAGCUCCUCAAAGAGGGGCGGGUGACGGGGAGUGGUAGUGCAACCCAGGGUGUCAUUGGGGGAGCGCAGGGGAACCCUGGAUGCAGUAGCAGUGAAAGCUCCCUAGGGGCUGGGACUGCCCAAGCUGGGGGAAGCAACACCCAGCCAGCCCCUCCCCCUCCCAGCCGCCCGUCCCUGAGUGAGAGCCAGUCUCCCAGCAGCACCAACUACUUCAGCCCCAGAGACACUAACUUCGGCGGGGGAGCGGCGGCCGCUGGAGCUGCAGGGGAGGGAGGCGUGAACUCCACCCCCAGCUACUGCACCCCUUCAGGGGGCGAAGAGGCUUUCCUCAUCGAAGAAGAGGAUGAAGAAGAGGAAGAGCUCCUAUACCAUAGGAAGCGAGGGAGCAGCAGGAGGAAGCAGACUGCCUCUGUCUCAGACCAAGAGGUUGGAGUCAGCGACAGCUUCGGGGUGUCGUCCUACCAAGACGGGGAUGCCUCCCCUCUCCAGAAGCGGCCCACAUACAGCCAGCCCAGCAUCAUGCCCCGGAAGCAGUGGGUGGUGGUAAAAACAGAGAGGCCCCAGGACGAUGACCUGAUCGUGGUGUCGGGUGAGGAAGGACCAGAUGAGGAAGAGGAGAGAGAGUUGGAGAUGCUGAGGGAGAGGGAGAGGACGUUCAACAUAUCCAACAUUAGGACUCUGUCUGGAGAGUUGAGCAGCAAAGCGGACCAUGAGAUGGAGACACAGAUGGAUUAUUGCCAGUCUUCUGAAGACUACCUCAAGUUUGACAGUGGUUUGAUGGACCAGACUCCCCCACAGCACCUUCAUGACAGCGCUGGUCAGGGUGGUGGCAGAACCGUCUCAGCCCUACUAGGCCAAGUCCAGUCUGCUGCUGCUGCUAGAGCUCAGCUCUUUCCCAUAGACAUGCAAGGCAACCAGAUCCUCAUGUACAGACAAUCCUCUCUAGAUUCCUCUCAACCCAUAGGAAUGGGAGGCGGUAUGGCCGGGGCACCAUUUAAAGGGCCAAACCUGGAGCAUGGAGCAGUCCAUUUGUCAGCACAGGGGGGUUUGGGCGGUGGCUUAGAUGGACUGGAUGGGGGUGGUGGCGGGAGUUCAGGGAAGGUGUUCAUGUGCCACUGUGGAAAGACCUUCACUCACAAGAGCAUGCGCGACCGUCACAUCAACAUGCACCUGGACCUGCGGCCUUUCAACUGCCCGGUUUGCGCCAAGAAGUUCAAGAUGAAGCACCACCUGACGGAGCACAUGAAGACCCACACGGGGCUCAAGCCCUACGACUGCCACGGCUGCGGCAAGAAGUUCAUGUGGCGCGACAGUUUCAUGCGGCACCGCUCCCACUGCGAGGGACGGAGCGGAGCGGCUGGCAGGAGCGAGGAUGGGGGAGGGUCCGACCGCGCUGAUGGGAUCUCCCCACAGCAUCUCCCUCUCUCGACCAGCGAGGCCGGUCACGGUGUCGUUGGUGGCAGGAAUGGGAACUCUGUCUUGUCCCCACAUCAUUCCAGUACAGGUAGCAGCAGUAAUGCUGUCUCUUGCCUGACCAUGGCCAGUUCUGGAGUGCUCUUAGGGGUCAACUCUCAGAGCGUGAUGCAGGGUCAAGGUUCAUCUGUGUUUGGUCUGGGGGUCAGCCGAGGUGGGUGUGAGGAGGAAGUGUGUGAGGUUGGUGCUAAUGAUAGUGUCACUUAAACACUCGUGUUGUUCACCCGUUUGGUUAAGACGAGAGGUUUUGAAAAGGCAUUCCAAUGACCAUUGGAAAGUGCCCCACUUUGGCAAAUGGCUCGGGACCAUUGUACAGUUAGUUCAGUAUACUCUUAAAUGUCAAGUUUAUUCUGUUUGACUGUUUAGUGGCACAUUCUAUGUCAAGAAAACCAAAAAUCAAGAGACAAUAACUCACCAAUGACAGCUUUGGCAAAAUGUUAACUGGAGUUCGAGAGGAAAGUUGCUGUUGUAAGUGAUGUGUCCUAUGAUAUUAUACGCCUUUUCUGCCAGAGAAUGUGCAUUUCAAGUAAGUGUCUGAAGAAGACACUUGCAGUACUGCCAUCUUGUUUCACACUGGUGAUGUGUCCACUAUCCAAUUGCAGUGUUAUGGUACAGUAUUACUGUAAAUAUAAUCCUAUUAUCAGUUACUAAUCUGUUACCAUUAUGAUAGGUGCAAAACUAUACAGUGUAUAGUGUGUUUUUACAAGUAAUCCUCAUAAGUAUUGAUGGUAGACAAAAGCAUUAGUCUGGAGAUUAGGUUUCUUACCGAUCGUUCCUCACUCAAACUGCCAAAUUCCAACGCCUGCCUUGAGACAUUGACUACUAUUAACAGUAGGGUGGCUAAACAAAGCAGCAUCCACCGUGAUUCUGUAUGUUUUUAACCGAGGUUUUGCCUUCUAUGAAGGCUCUGGAUGUAUUUUUCUGCAGGAGAAAAAAACUGGUCUGGAUCUAAGAGAAAGACGUGUUGUUUUUAGUUUAUACUUAUCUGUUAGGUCAGGAUUGGUCAAAUGUAUGAAAGCUGUAAGCUCGUGUUUGCAGCAGUUUGAUGGAUGAAAUUAGAUUUGAAGUGAGCUUAAACUAAGUGUAUAUAAAGUUAUUUAUGUUUAGAUAGAUUUAUCAAAUAGGGAAUAUAGAACUAUUUAACUCUAAUUUAUGUCAUUUGACUGCCUUACUAUAUAUAGUACACGGUGGGCGUAAGGUUAGAAAUUGACACCCUUGAUAAAGAUGAGCAACAAAUGACUGUGUAAAGUAAUUGAAAUACUGAGCUAUAUUGUAUUCCCCCCCCCCCAAAAAAAAAAUAAUAAUUGGGAAAUGAUUUUAUACUGAUUCAAUUGCUCAGAGAGAUUUUGUUUAACAAGUAAUAUUCAUUCUCAAAAGGUAGGGCUCAAACUUAUUGACACCCCUGUUUUCAGUACCUUGUGAGGAUAACAGCACUGAACCUUUCUCUAAAAUGGUUUAUGAGUUGGAGAACACGUUAUGGGGGAUCUUGGACCAUUCCUCCAUACGAAAUCCAUCCAGAUCCUUGAAAUCCGUUGUCUGUGCUUAUGUCAAGUCCGGAGACGGACUUUAAGGUAAACACGGCAUCAUGAACUUUACCCAGAACCAGGAAAUGUAUGCCAAAAACCUGGUUACCUCCAGUGGUGUAAAGUACUUCUUUAAAAAAAAUUUUUUUUGUGAAUAUCUGUACUUUACUAUUAAUGACAACUUUUACUUCACUACAUUCCUAAAGAGAAUAAUGUACUUUUACCUCCAUAAAUUUUCCCUGACACCCAAAAGUACAUUACAUUUGGAAUGCUUAGCAGGACAGAGAAAUAGUUAAAUUCACACACUUAUCAAGAGAACAUCCCUACUGCCUCAAUCUGGCGGACUCACGAAACACAAAUGCUUCAUUUGUAAAUUGUUGGAGUGUGCUCCUUGCUAUUCAUACAUUUUUUUUUUUUAAGAAAAUGGUGCUGUCAGGUUUGCUUAAUAUAAGGAAUUUGAAAUGAUUUAUGCUUUUACUUUUGAUACUUAGUAUAUUUUUGCAAUUACAUUUACUUUAUAUUUAAAACAAAAUACUUUUACUAAAGUAGUAUUUUACUGGGUGACUUUCACAUUAGUCAUUUUCAUAUUUAAGGUAUUUUUAAUUUGACUAAAGUAUGAGUAUUGGGGACAUUUUCCACCACUGGUUGCCUCUGCCAGGAAUAUAAAACGUGUCCACAAGUGGAUCUUCCAGCGAAACAAUAACCCCAAGCACACAUCAAAAUCCACAAAGGGUUAAUUUUUUAAAUUUCAACAGCCAUCUGUCUCCAGACUUAAACCAUAGAAAUCCUGUGGUUUGUAUUGAAGAGGGCAGUCCAUAAAUGCAGACAACGGAUCUGGAAGUGGAACGGUCUAAGAUCCCUCCCAAUGGGUUCUCCAACUCAUAGCAUUUUUUUUUUGAUAACAGCGCAGUGCCAUUAUCCCCACAAGGUGAGGUAUUGAAAACAAAGUAUUAAACAAAAAGCAAUUUCUCUGAGCAAUUGUAUUAGUAUAAAAUAAUAAUUUCCCUUUUUUGUUACAUACAAUAUAGCUCAGCAUUUGAAUUGUCAAUUUUGCUGAUCUUUAUCAAGGUUGUCUAAUUUCAGACUUCACUGUAUAUAGAGAAAGUGCUUCUGGUCAAUAGUGAGUAUUGUAUUGACAGGUGUGAGUCACAGGCUCAAAAGAAAGAAGUCUAGACUCCCUCUUAAUAGUCACGUUGGCUGCUAUUUGUGUGGGACUGAAAGGGAAUUCCAUUGACUGUUCAAUAACUUGCCUGGAUGCAUUUCAUAGCAUUUACACCACAUAAUGAAUUCAACUUCAUGUACUGUAGCACCUUUUCAUCCAAUCUCAAAGUUCGUACCAUUGUUUGAUGCUUAAGCAGCCGUUAUUCAGUUGUCAUCUUUAUGGAAGGACAAAUACCUUUUCAUCAAGGGGAAAAAUGUAGAAAGCUUGUAGCUGCUGCACACUAGGUCUGACACAACGCUACUGUUCUUUGCAUAUUCUGAAUAGUGCAUAUUUUGGGUUACAUUUUAUUUGAUAUUUAACACAUGAUUGUUGUUGCACAUGCUUAUAGAGCCGGAGUUGUCUUUCUUGGCCUACGGUAACAAUGUCUAAGUACAUCAAUGUUAUCUUUACUAAUCUGUAUCAAAAGGCAAAAAUAAAACUGGUGUAAUUUA